ACACCCAGCUCCGAAAAGAACGAAUGAUACCAAGGGGCUACUUUGAACCGGUAGAAGGUCGGGCGGAAGUGCCUUCGCCUUGGUUACCGCUUAUUCCGCCCCUAGUACGUCAUCGCUCUGAGCCAGCGAUCUGCUGCCAGCGCGGGCGCCGCUCGAGACCUUGGGCCUGGGUUGACACCCCCCUCAAGAGCCACCAUGUUGGUGAUACCCCCUGGACUGAGCGAGGAGGAGGAGGCUCUGCAGAAGAAGUUCAACAAACUGAAGAAAAAGAAAAAGGCAUUGCUGGCUCUGAAGAAGCAAAGUAGCAGCAGCACAGCCAGCCAAGGCGGUGUCAAACGCUCACUGUCAGAGCAGCCUGUUGUGGACACAGCCACUGCAACAGAGCAGGCAAAGCAGCUGGUGAAAUCAGGAGCCAUCAGUGCCAUCAAGGCUGAGACCAAGAACUCGGGCUUCAAACGUUCUCGAACCCUAGAGGGGAAGUUAAAAGACCCCGAGAAGGGGCCAGUCCCCACUUUCCAGCCAUUCCAGAGGAGCGUAUCUGCCGAUGACGAUCUGCAGGAGUUGUCCAGACGUCCCCAAAGGAAAUCUCUGUAUGAGAGCUUUGUGUCUUCCAGUGAUCGGCUUCGGGAACUGGGGGCAGAUGGGGAUGAGGCAGAAGGCCCAGGGUCUGGUGAUGGCGUCCCUCGAAGCUUUGACUGGGGCUAUGAAGAACAUGGUGGUGCCCGCUCCUCAGUCUCCCCUCCCCGAAGCCGCAGCCGGGACCGCAGUCGUGAGCGGAACCGGGACAGGGACCGAGACAGAGACCGGGACCGGGACCGGGACAGAGACCGGGACCGGGACAGAGAACGAGAGGGCCUUUUCCGCAGAUCCGACUCAUUCCCAGAACGCCGGGCCCCCCGGAAGGGGAAUACUCUCUAUGUAUAUGGGGAAGACAUGACACCCACCCUCCUCCGUGGGGCCUUCUCUCCCUUUGGAAACAUCAUUGACCUCUCCAUGGACCCACCCAGAAACUGUGCCUUCGUCACCUAUGAAAAGAUGGAGUCAGCAGAUCAGGCCGUUGCUGAGCUCAACGGGACCCAGGUGGAGUCCGUGCAGCUCAAAGUCAGCAUUGCCCGCAAACAGCCCAUGCUGGACGCCGCCACUGGGAAGUCAGUCUGGGGCUCCCUCGGUAAGAACAGGAGUUCUGCUCCCUCAUCUUAUCUCCCACCUCCCACACGUUUUAUUUCCCUGCAUGUCCCCAAGUUCUCUAGAGGUCAGGAUUUGUGGGAAGCUAUGGGAAUGGGAAGAAGAGUGGGCAGACCCUCUGUCAGUUGGAAAUAGGAGAAAGGAGAGAGAAAGGGGUUGAAAACAACUUCCAAUAACCGAACAGGGAAGAUGUGGAAGCAGGUCAAGAGGAAGAUGAACAUUUCAUGUGGGCUUGUUCAUUUGGAGAUGAAGUAUAAUAGGUUUUCUAAAAUAAGCAUUUGGAAUAGGGAUGUGGAACUCAGGCAUAAGGUGAGAAAUGAAAACAGAUUAGUCAUUUGUAUCUCAUGGUGGCUGCAAAAUGACAGUCUCGUUGGGGAGGAAAAAAUGACCCAGGACUGGGAUUGGGAAAUGCACAGGAGAUACGGUGGGAAGCAGGGUUGUGUUGCUCGUACCCCACUGUCCCAGUUCAUCUGCAUGUUAGGCUGGAGUUGAUGGAGCACAGUGUGGAGAAGACACGCGAUGCCCACCUUCCUCUGUGGGGCUUUCUGUCCUUUUGGAAACAGUGACACCAGGUGGGGUCAGGGCUGGGAACAGCACCAGGGGGACCUGGGCCACUGAAACCAAAGGACACCAGCUUUUGUACCCGACAUGAUCACCAGUGUCGGGUACAAAAAUCCAAGAGAUGGGAGCUGGUGUGAAGGGUUCACUCUGGCCCCAGAGUGGCAGGGGUAGAAUCCUCGGAGAUGGAGUGAAGAGAGAGACACACUGGAUACAGGGAGGAAAGAGAAAGGGGAAGGAAAUCUCAAGGCUCAAGCAAGAAUGCUUAGGGCCAGAGCCACCGCCGGAGUGAGUUCUGGUAGGGAGAGUAGCAUUUCUCAGUGUGAAUAACCAACUUUAGCUGAAAUAGAUUUUCCUGACAAAAGAGUGGACAAAACGAGGGGUUCAGAGCAAGAGUGGCCUUCCAGAUAAAGGACCAACAUAUCAACAAAGGGCUAUAGAGAUUUUCUUUUUUGUAAAGAUUGUAUUUAUUUUUAGACAGAUGGGGAAGGGAGGAAGAAAUAGAGAGAGAAAAACAAUGUGUGGUCUCCUCUUGCACAUCCCCUACUGGGGACCUGACCCGAAACCCAGGCAUGUGCCCUGACUGGGAAUUGAACCAGCGAUCCCUUGGUUUGCAGGCUAACCCUCAAUCCAGUGAGCCACACCAGCCAGGGUGAGAUUUUCUAAUUUUUAAUUUUUGAUGUACUAACUAAAAGCACUAAGUAAGCACCAUUCACAUGUGUCAACAAUAACAUUUGAGAAUUUUCUAAGAAUAAAACAUUUGUUAUUGCCCUGGCUGGUGUAGCUCAGUGGAUUGAGCUCGGGCCUGCAGACCAGACAAUCGCGGUUCGAUUCCCAGUCAGGGCACAUGCCUGGGUUGCAGGCCAGUUCCCUGCAGGCCAGUUCCCAGCAGGGGACGCACAGAAAAAAAUAAAAACAAACAAAACAGUAUCCAUCCCCCUGUGCCAAGAUAACAGCAUAAUACUCUUUGCCCCAUGAUGAUUUGGCAGCCACUAGCCUAAGGGGCUAAAAGGAGACAGGCCAUCCCCAUCACCAGAGGGCAGCGUAGAAACUAGGCUUCCAGAAGUCUGGCCAGGAGUGAGGAGGUCAGAUUGGGCCCAGGGUCUCACCAGUGCUGUCCUUCUGGCCUUAACUAAUCCUUUCCUUCCAACCUAGCUGUCCAGAACAGUCCUAAGGGUUGCCACCGGGACAAAAGGACCCAGAUUGUCUACAGUGAUGACGUCUACAAGGAAAACCUUGUGGAUGGCUUCUAGUUACAGAGCUGGAUUUCUUGUGCCUCGUCUGCCCCAACACUGGUCUCAGUAAAACACUGAGGUGGAAGCUCA